CUGUGGUGUGUACUUCUCUGACCGGUGUGAUUCCAAUUCGUCCCACGGUAGUUGAACCCACGAUACUUAUACCGUCCAAUUGUAGGCCUGAGUACUCAGUACAUUCAUUAAAUGUUAGGCAAUUGCUCCCUCAUACCAGAGCCAAAAGACUACAUACCUAACGUCCCAACCACCAAUAUCAAUUGACCUUACACUUCACUAUUGCGUACCACUUUUCUAUAUCUAUAUCUAUAUCAUCACCUUCAUAUCGCUCACUGAUCGACCGACCUUUCCUCAAGUGCUAUCCUAAUUCAAUCGUGUCAUUAUUAGCAGAAAAUACCUAUUUCAGCAUAAGCCGUAUCUUUUUUACUUAGUGGCUUUAUUUACAGAUAGAACUUCAUAUCCCUUCCGUUUGCAUCUUAGGUUAUCUCUCUAAUCCAGCUGUGAUCAUGGCAAGUCCAGGUUCGGGCGUAAAUGGCGAAGUGAGCAUGGCCGAUGUUCUCGAAGUCGUAAAGGCCAUUCAAGAAAGUCAAGUUAGAUUAACGGCCGAAGUUGAAAAUGCUUCCAAUCGGAUUGAUCGAAUUGCCUCAUAUGUUCGAGCCCCUAGUCCUGAUCUCAGCAAGAUACCUUCUUCUCCUCUUGUUGGAGCCUCGGGUUCCCCCAUCCAGUCUCCUUUAAAUCCCGCCGAGUCCGACGCCGAUAAGGCUUCUCCUUCAACCAAAGAAGUGACCCAGGCGCAAAAGUCGGGGUUCACCUCUCGAAUUAUUCUUACCACGUAUCCUAAACAGAUUGGUAUCAACCCACUUCCUCUUCAUUGGGGUUCGCCAGACCCAGCCGAUCGUGGCCCAGUGGUCGUCUCCCGAUCGUCAUCCACAAUCCGAAGACGUAAUGCUAUUGGAGCACAUGGCGGUUCCUAUUCCAUCUACUUCGCUCUUGCUCUCGCUAGCAAACAACUCAAUGCCAACCAUAGGCCGGAUUUCACCAACACGGAGCCAGCAGCCAACAUUGGUCCAUUUCCCCAAUGGGGCGACAAGAAGAAGAUUGUCGCUAUGGAUCCUUGGGGUCAUUUAGCUCCAUGGCUUUUCGCUGACACCAUAGAAAAAGAGAAUGUCGAUAUUCGACCCACUAUCGCCAUAACCAAGGCUCAUAUGAAGCUUCCGGAGCUCGAAGAGAGUGUCCGAAGUGGUAGGCUUGUUCCCGAUGGGAAAGUCUGUCUAAAUGAGUUAGGAGAGCUUGCUGUCACCAAAUUUGCAGUUGAACCGGUUUGGUAUCUCCCUGGGGUGGCCGAAAGAUUUGGAAUAGACGAGGGUGUCCUUAGACGUUCGCUGUUUGAGCACACUGGUGGUAGUUAUCCAGAACUCAUCACGCGCGGUGAUAUCAAAGUCUUCUUGCCGCCCAUUGGUGGUCUGACAGUUUAUUGCUUCGGGGACCCGGCGAAGAUGUCUGACGAAAAAUGUAGACUAGCCUUACGUAUUCAUGAUGAGUGCAACGGUAGUGAUGUGUUUGGUUCCGACAUCUGUACAUGCAGACCCUAUCUUAUUUUCGGCAUCGAAGAGGCCGUCAGAGAAGCACAGAAUGGCGGCAGCGGCGUGGUCAUCUACUUCAGAAAGGAAGGACGGGCUUUGGGGGAGGUUACCAAGUAUCUUGUAUACAACGCCAGGAAGCGAGGGGAAGACCGCGCGUCGGACUACUUCAAGCGAACCGAGAACAUAGCUGGUGUGAAGGACAUGCGUUUCCAGGCUCUAAUGCCUGAUAUCCUGCAUUGGCUUGGCAUAAAGAAGAUUGACAGGAUGCUGAGUAUGAGCAACAUGAAGUACGAUGCCAUCGUUGGCCAGGGUAUCCCAAUCCACGAACGGGUAGAACUCCCCGAGGACUUGAUCCCCGCAGAUUCGCGCGUCGAGAUAGACGCCAAGAUAACCGCAGGAUACUUUACGACCGGCCACAGGAUGACUUCAGAUGAAUUGAAAGCUGUACAAGGCCGAAUGUGGGAAGACAUUGACCACUAAUAAAAAAAAUACUCCAACUGAGGGAGGCUAGGCCUUGCCGAUGGCCGAUAGAGGAGAAUGGAGGUCAUCAAUAGAAAGAAAGCUACGUAUACGUACUGCUUGAAAACUUGAUCUCGCCUGGAACCCCCGCUUCUGAGCAAUCGCCACGCGUGAGACUAAUGUAUGUACGCCUUCCAAAAGCGCGUCU